UUUCUACUCACUUCAAUCCAAGCCUCAGCCGGCACCAUGAUCUUGCUCGAGUCGCACAACUACAUCAUUCAGACAACUCUCGCCGAGAAGUGCAUCAAGCCCAGCUCUCUUGAUGUCCAGUUUGUAGACUUUGAUGGCGUUCGGUUCCACUUGUCCACGCCGGAACGCAAGACUAGCCUCCUCCUUUCCAUGAACAUCCGCUGCUGGGAUGAGCUUGUCAAGUAUGGCGUAGAUGACGUUCUCAAGCGGGAAUAUGGUGCUCUUGUCAAAGCGUCUCCAGAGCCCGACUAUAACAUCAGUCUUGAGAUUGAUCUGGAGCAGGUCCCUCCGGAAGGCGAAGAGCGGGAGGCUUACCUCAAAUCUAUCGCGCUCCUCAAGCGCAACGCUCUUGCCGCGCCAUUUGAAGUUGCGUUCAAGGCACAGAAACAGCUCGAGUCCGCCGGCAGUGGCCAGGGAGAGCUCAUGGCGCUGCAUUAUCGUGAUGAAGAGGUGAUUUACGUGCAAGCAUCGCCUGACCGUGUCACCGUCAUAUUCUCCACCACUUUCCGCGAAGAGACAGACCGUAUCUUCGGCAAGGUAUUCCUCCAGGAAUUCGUCGACGCGCGGCGGCUGCCGACGAUCCAGAGCGCGCCGCAGGUGCUCUACACGACGCGUGAACCACCGCUCGAGAUCCGCCACGUACCCGGGCUCGUGGACUCGGAGGACGUCGGCUACGUCACGUUCGUGCUCUUCCCCCGCCACUUCGCCAACCCCGCCGUAGCGGCUGCGACGAUCAGCCACAUCCAGCUGUUCCGCGAUUACCUCCACUACCACAUCAAGUGUUCCAAGGCGUACAUGCAUUCACGCAUGCGGCACCGCGUGAGCGAGUUCCAGAAGGUGCUCAACCGGGCCAAAACCGAGGUUGCGGUCAUCGAUCGCAAGACUGCCAGUGGCCGAACCAUGACGUCGCGAUGAACGCCGAGGGGCUACAGAUAAAGUAUUGACUGUACUAAUAUACCGCAAUCAAUGGAUUCGGAAGCACCCGCAUUGCCCAUUGGUUG